AUGGCGUCCCAUGCUGCCAUGCUCCUGGACCCCAGGGCCUACAAGAAACAGCUUCAGAAUAAUGGUAACGACUCGGAAAAUUCUGAUUACUCGCCCCAUUUGGACAGUGAUACGAUCCUGGGACCCCAUGAUGAACUGUUUCCCUUUCGCCCCUCAUCCAGGCACUGCCCCUCUCCUCCCGAAGACCCAAUGUUCUUGGAUGCGACAGACUCACUGAUCGACACCAUAGACCGGCAAGAUUCUAGCAAUUUGUCGCCCAGUCCCUCUCCCGCUGCGACACCCGCAGGCACAGCCUCUGCGGUGCACCGUUUUCUCAGUCCCCAGCGCCGUCGGCAAACUUCCGUCAAGGAGAUUCCGAAGUCACGAUUCCAGCUGCAGUCGACUGAAUCGCAAAGCGGGGAUAGUACUGCCUCAUCUCCGCAACGAUCGAUCCGAACAGACCCUGGAGUGGAUGUGGAAUUUACCAGUGCACGAGUCGAUGAUAGCAGUGACAGCAAGCGAAAUUCCGACCAGCUUGAAAGCGAAGCCGAUGUCCGCCACGGCAGUCUAAUCGAAGAUAUGUAUGGUGUGGAGAGACGAGCGAACCUGCCUUAUAAGAAGCUCAAGACGGAUAAUGGCGGGAAGGCUGGGUUCGGACAGAAAGGGAAUUUUGCGGCCGCAGGGGAUAGCGAGUUGGGCGAAUGGAUGAAGGAAGAUCGAUCGAAACCAGAUGCGUCGAUGCCAGUUACUCCGGAUGUGGUCGACUUGACUCUUGAUGCCUCGACCGCGACCAACGAUGAUGACGACUUACAAGUGACCGGGUCGAACAACCUCAGCAUUCAAAGAGUAUGCUAUGGCAAGAUAGAGAAUGCAAUGGUCCAAGCUGCCUUAGUCCCCAAGCCGAUUGCCCAGACUGUCUUCGGCGAUUCCGCGCACGAUUGGCCGUCAAUUCGAUUGGGGGUGCACCGCCAGGCGAGUCAGGUAAACAACCGGAUUGAUGUCUCCGACCCCAACGGGAAGAUAUUCGGGGCUGUUGAUGCAAAGACUGCCGCCGUGAUCGUCCCCCUUCUCGACUCGUCGGCUUUGAAGGUGGACCUGACGGCCCGGCUGGAUGUUCGACGGCGAUUGCCGAACGAAUGGCCCUGGACACCUUGUUCAGCGUUGUACCGAGCCUCCAUUAAUCUAUACGGCCUCCGGAAAGAUGCCGAGCUCGUGGGAAAGCACUUGGGCCAGCAUAACGUUUGGCUUGGGACCCCGUUUUCGGUGGAACAAGGCGUCCCUGUGUUCAACCCGCACGCCGAAAGAAGACGCGCCCAAGCCGCUUUCUUACCGGCGGCCGCUACUCGGAACCGAUCCGGUGUGAACUACGAAGUCCGCACAGCCGAAGAGGUGAACGAUGCGGUGAUGAAAAUGUUCGACCAACUUCAGAGUGCUGAUAAUCUCCCUGAGAUGGACUCUCCGUCUCUCCUGUCGACGCCUCUGCUGCGGCAUCAGAAGCAGGGUCUGUGGUUCAUGACGGAAAAGGAGAAGCCCCGCAAGUUUGGACCAGUGGAGAAGGACAAUAAUUCUCUUUGGAGAAUGGAGUAUCUGGCGAAUGGCAAAAAGCGGUACCGCGAGAUCAUCAGUGGUAUGGUACUGGAUGAAGAACCUCCGCAGACCCUGGGAGGACUCCUAGCGGAUGUAAUGGGUCUCGGGAAGACCUUGAGCGUCCUGUCCCUUGUGGUAUCCUCGCUGGCAGAGUCUUAUGAAUGGGCGUCCAUGGUCCCGUCUACGGAGCUUAUUCGAAGCCUCCCAGGAAUUCGGAAUACCCGAACGACGCUCCUGGUGGUGCCUUUGAGUGCGGUCAGCAAUUGGGUAUCGCAGAUCAAGGAGCAUCUGAAAGAAGGGGCGGUCUCCUACUAUGUUUUCCACGGCUCGUCGCGAACGAACGACGUGGACGAACUAUCGAAGUACGACCUGGUGAUUACCACUUAUAGCAUUGUGCUCAGUGAGCUGUCGGGACGGGGCGCCAAACGGGGCGUGAGCCCUCUGACGAAAAUGAACAUGUUUCGAAUCGUUCUGGACGAGGCACAUACCAUCCGGGAGCAAACGGCAGCCCAAACGCAGGCGAUCUUCAAGCUGAACUCGCAGCGCAAGUGGUCCGUCACCGGCACUCCCAUCCAGAACCGACUCGAGGACCUCCUUUCGGUGACCAAGUUCCUCGGACUUUUACCGUACGACGACCGAAGCCGAUUUGGAACACACAUUCUCAGCCGGUUCAAGGCCGGGGACGCCACCGUUCUGGCGAGCCUACGGGUGCUGGUGGACUCGUUCACCCUUCGCCGAGUCAAGGAUAAGAUUGACAUCCCCCCCCGACACGACAAGAUUGUGACUCUGAACUUCUCCGAGCAAGAAAGCCAGCUGCAUGAAUUCUUCCGCAAGGAAUCCAAUGUGAUGAUGAGGGUGAUUGCCGGGGAAGACCAAGCCAAGAUGAAGGGCCGGAUGUACCAUCACAUUCUCAAGGCCAUGAUGAUCCUGCGCCAGAUAAGCGCGCAUGGUAAGGAGCUUCUGGAUGCGGACGAUCGGCAGAGGAUCAAAGGCUUAAGUGUGCACGACGCCAUUGACCUCGAGGAGGGAAGAAGCGAUGCGGCGGGGGUAUCCGACAAGAAGGCGUAUGAGAUGUUCGUCUUGAUGCAGGAGUCGUCAGCGGAUGCGUGUGCCGUAUGCAACAAACGCCUGGAGGAGCCUAAUGCCGACUCGGGCGCGGUCGAUCGACAAACGCCGAUGGCAAUCGUGCUGCCCUGCUUCGAUGUCCUUUGCCCCGAAUGCUUCUCCGGCUGGAAACAGGCUUUUGAUGCGCAAACCGGGCCGUCAUCACAUGAUAUCAAAUGCCCGGUCUGUGACGGAUGGAUCCCGGUUUCCUAUUCCACGAUAACGGUCGGGGGCCUGCAGGAUUAUACUAUGGACCAGGCGCAGGCCAAGCAAAGCCGAAAACAAGCCAAAACGCUAGGGGAGUACGAAGGGCCCCAUACCAAGACGCGGGCACUCGUUGGGCAUCUGCUGGAGACGGCGGAGGAGAGUAAGCAUCUGGACGGUAAACGGCCUCUCAAGAGCGUGGUAUUCUCCGCCUGGACGUCGCACCUGGAUUUGAUCGAGAUCGCGCUGCGUGACAACAGCAUCACGGGGUAUACCCGGCUGGAUGGCACAAUGAGCCUGGCGGCGCGCGGCAAGGCGCUGCACGAGUUCCACGAAGACGACUCCAUCACAGUGCUCCUCGCGACGAUCGGUGCCGGUGGAGUGGGCCUCAAUUUGACGGCGGCGUCCAAGGUGUACAUCAUGGAGCCUCAGUAUAAUCCGGCCGCGGUGGCGCAGGCAGUCGACCGGGUACACCGCAUUGGACAGACGCGCCAGGUGACGACGGUGCAGUUUAUCAUGCGCGGCAGCAUCGAGGAGAAGAUCUUCGAGCUGGCCAAGAAGAAGCAGCAGUUGGCGGAUAUGAGCUUGAAUCGGGGGAAGCUGGAUAAGAGAGAGGUUCAGGAGCAACGGAUGAGGGAAUACCGCAGCCUGUUCAAGUAG